AAGAAAAGAAAAGAAAAGAAAAACUAUAAAUACACGGACACACACUCUAUGUUCCACUACAACUCUUAUUUACUGCUCUUCUAGCUUACUCUCUGUUUUCUCUUCAUGGAUGCUCACUAUACUCAUCAUUUGGAUUUCGAUUUCUUGCCGCCGGAGGUUGGGGAAUCGAGUUCCGACAGCGGGAGUGCACGUCGUUUGAACUUGUCCGACGAGGAGGUUUUGUUGGCUUCGAGCAAUCCCAAGAGGCGUGCCGGUAGGAAGAAGUUCAAGGAGACACGCCACCCAGUUUAUCGAGGUGUCAGGAGGACGAACACCGGCAAGUGGGUUUGUGAGGUUAGGGAACCCAAUAAGAAGACAAGGAUUUGGCUCGGGACUUUUCCCACAGCAGAGAUGGCGGCGCGUGCACAUGACGUGGCGGCUAUGGCUCUCCGAGGUAGGUCGGCUUGUUUGAAUUUCGCCGACUCUGUGUGGAGGCUGCCGAUGCCGGCUUCUAAAGAAGCGAAGGAUAUACAGAAGGCUGCUGCGGAAGCUGCGGAGGCUUUUAGGCCGGCGGAGUUGGAGAAGAAGGGGUCGAAGGUAUCGGAGUCGGCGGCGGUGGGAUCGGAGAAUUCAUUCUACAUGGAGGAGGAGGAGGCCAUGUCUGGGCUUGGGAUGCCAGGGCUGCUGGCAGAUAUGGCUGAAGGGAUGCUGUUACCUCCACCUUACUGUGUUGAAAAUGGUUAUAUUGAAAAUGACCUGGAAGAAGAUGCUGAUGUGUCGUUAUGGAGUUAUUAAAUUUGAUUUUUCCUUUAUUUCUGUUGUUUUUUUUUUUCAAGAUGUACAGCUAAGCUUGUAAUAGUUUAAUAAUGUUUUUGUUAGGUGAAAAUCUUUUUAAGUUCGUACGUUUAAUAUUGGACUAGUAGGGACGCUACUAAAUAUUUUAGU